AUGUCGUCACGUUCAGAUACUCCUCAGAUCCAACAAGAACCUUCAACGGUCAAGCGGGAUAGCUUCCAGCUCUACGAUCUUCGUGUCGAAGUAAUAUGUCCACCGGGAGAAAGAAUAAUGUGCGGCGCCAAACCUGGUGACCACUUCAUCCUUCAGGGAGAGAUGCUUUAUCUCCCUCCGAACCAAGGCAUCUCCAUCUACUCCUUAGCAUCUGUUCUCCCACUUCUCGCGGCCAAGCAGCGCCCGACCGCCCCAAACGACUGGAUGACCACAGAUGCAGAGAUCGCGUGCCCAGAUCCUCACUGCAAAUCACGAUUGAAGAUCAUAAGAACUGGACUGCGCACGUUCAGCCACGCUGAGACAACCGUGGUCCCAUUACCCAGUGGUUCAUGA